AUGUCGCACGUCGUUUUUCCGACUGACGGUGAGCGGAUGGCGCGUCCGCAGGCCAGCUCGGCGCUCUUUGCUGCUCUUGCUGCCAACACCGAGCGCUUCAGCCAGCCAUACCAGUACGCGAUUCCUCCGCUCCAGACCUCUGGCAUCAGCCGCCGACUGUCCAGUGCUGGCUACGACUCUCCCUCGUCUGGCCUGCCGAGCCCCACAUGGCCUACGCCGCCGCACACGCCGUCCAAGAGCCAGAAUGAGCCCAAGCCGCUGUUGCUCCCACCGUCGGUGGUGUCGUCGGCGUCUCCGAUCCGAAUGAGUCCACGUGCAAAUCCAAGGCGACUCAGCAAUGCCUCUGCCCGCUUCUCUCGUCGUGUCUCUCUCGCCAGCGCUUAUUCUCUCUCCCGCCCUCCCUCGAGCGCCCGUCUCCAGUCCCGCCAGGUCUCUGUCCGUCUUGCCUCGUCCGUCCGCAACUCGUCCUAUUCCAAUGGCAUGCCUGAAGAAACACUCGGAGAAGGAGAUGUCGUUGGUCAUGGCAUGAUCGUCAACGGCGAGCUCGUUACCGCUGUCGACCAUGGCCGUGAGCCGGUGAUGGGCGGCCCCGAGAAUGGCGCCAACGCACGAUACGAAAUUGUCCGUAAACUCGGAAGUGGUUCCUAUGCUACUGUGUUCCUUGCCCGCGAGAUCCUGGCCGAGCCUGGUCCCCCGACCGAUAGCGACCUGCCGUUUGAGUGGAAUGGAUCGGACGACACCCAUGCAGAUCCCGACAUGACGAUCCGCCCCUCGAGUGCACGUAUCUACGGCCGGUCUUUUGCAAUCAAAUGUCUCUCUCGUGCGUCCCUCACAUCUCCCGAGAGUCUCGCCGUCCAGAUGCUUGAAGCCACCAUCCACGGAAGUCUCCCUGUCCACUCCAACGUCGUUACGCUCCAUGCAGCCCUCGAAAGCAACUCGUGCCUCUUCCUCGUCCUCGAAUACGUCCGCGGCCCGACCUCUUCUACUUUCUCGAGCAGAGCCGCGAUACGUUCCCCCCGUCGCCUCUGUCUGAAGAACACGAACACGAAUUCACUCCCCGUGCCCCAUCCCAUGUCCCCGAGCAGAACCGCACCCCGCCAACCCCAUCGCUCCUUUCCGCCCUCGGGCCCAGUCUCAUCCUCAGUCCGACACGGCUCAAGCUCAUCGCGAGCAUGUUCAGGCAGAUGUGCGACGCCGUUGCUGCCUGCCAUGCCCAUGGAGUCUCCCACCGCGACAUCAAGCCCGAGAACUUUAUCGUUACCGAUGCGAGUCGGCGAGGAUCGUCGCGUUGUCGUCAAGCUCUCUGACUUUGGUUUGGCUACUGGUGAUGAUGAAAGCGCUGACAUGGAUUGUGGAUCUGCUCCGUACAUGAGCUAUGAAUGCCGAAACAACUGCGCACCCACCUACAAGCCCCGUGCAGCCGACGUCUGGUCUCUCGGCAUUGUCCUUAUCAACAUGCUCUACCACGUCAACCCCUGGUCCGACACAUUCGAAUCUGCCUGCCCAUCCUUUACAGCCUUCCGACUUGCACCCAUCGAGUUCUUCCUGUCCCGCUUUGCCGGCAUGACCCGCACCGUCGCUACAUUCCUCGCCACCCGCGUCUUUUGCAUCCCCGACACGAACCGCAUCGACGCUGAAGGGUUCGGCGAAUGGGUCAAGGACCUCGUCUCGCAUUUCGGCGAACCGGUUUCCGUAGGCGGUGUGGUUGUCAAGGGAUGCGUGCCCGUGCAGAGGGAAGGCCUCAUUGAUGUCGAGGGUGCCAAGGAGGUGUUGGGUCUCGGUUUGGUCUUGGCCGAAGAGGUUCAAGUGGUCCGUGAGGAAGGAGACGAAGGAGAAGAGGAAGAACCCAUGACGCCCGUCGCAGAGGAAAAAGAAAUCAUGCGCACGACGACUUCGGGAGCUAGGAAACGCGGCAAGCGAGGUGCCAAGAAGAACAAACAGCCCGAGACGGUCGCUGCUACUAUUACCACUACUACUGAAACCGCAGCCAAAGUCCAAGACCUCGCUCGCGAGCUGUCUGCUCAGUCUGGAAAGAUGUCUCGCGAGAGUUCGGGUUCGGGCACUGGAAGCAAGUUGACCAAGAAGGCGAGCAAGUGGAGUUUGUUCCGUGUCAAGAACGAGGCGGGUGUCAAGAAGGAGCCGAGCUCUGGUGCUGGUGGUGGAUCGGCCGCGACGGUCAAGUCUCUGCUUACCAGCCUCGACGCUCAGCCUGCUAUGCCUGAGCCGAAGUAUGUGCACCCUCAUGCCCCUGGAGCAACGCACGUCCCGCACCCUCCGAUGGUGCACCAGCCGCUGCCGCCUCCUCCCGCUGCAACAACCGCCCCGACUCAGAUCCCGUUCCCGGUCCACGCGCCUCAUACACCUUCUCCCCUCGGCGGACGUCGUCCCGCAGACAGAUGGGGCGACUCGCCCAUCGGUCAAUUUGGCACGUCUCCGGUCGGCGCGAGCGGAAGAAUGUACAAGGCCCCCAGAGGGAGCGAUUCGAAUGUAUCGCUUACAGGUUCGGUCAAGUCCAACGGUCCAGGCUCGGUCAAUGCGUUCAGCGCACCCGCGCUUGCCAAUGCGUUCAACCCCCCUGCCCCAACCAGCGCAUACAGUCCUGUCCCAAUCCCCAACGCGGUCCCGCCCAACGCCCACAACGCCGCGCCGAUCCCCGAGUCUACGAGCGCGCCUCGGCCGCAGAAUCCAACAACUGGCGCCAGAGCACGUCGACCGUCUCCACUUCGUUCACCCACUUUUCCAACGGGUCGUCUCGCACGGUCUCGACCGUCGCGACCAGCGUCUCCGGCUCGGCCUCGAUGUAUUCCCAUCAUUCCAAGGGCUCGCCGGCCCCGAUCGAACGUCAAGUAUAUCGAAGGCACACCAUGGGAACUUGAUGCUCUUCCUCGUCAAGCCCACCCUCGAGUCAACGGCCAACUCGUCCAGGGCCACAUUCACGGUGGUCCGACCGGGUCUCGGAGGAAUAAGCCGCGCAACGCAAAUGGCCUAGGCACGAUCAGCGAAGGUGGAGAGCGCAAGAGCAUGAACCUUGAACGGCAACGGAGUGCGAGUCCCGAGGUUCCGAAGAAGGUUCAAAAGGGACAGAUUAAUACGCUUCGUGGAAUGUUGAGGGCCUUUGGAGCAGGAGGCAAGGAUUAA